AUGCCCAACGAGGCGUCCUUCAGCAAGCCGUCGGCUCCGUCCGAGCAGCCCGCGGGGAGCAAGGCGGCGGGCCCCGGGGCCAGUCACGGCGCGGCGGCCGGCAAGAAAGUGCCGCGGCUGCCCAAGUGCGCGCGGUGCAGGAACCACGGCUACUCCUCGCCGCUGAAAGGGCAUAAGCGUUUCUGCCUGUGGCGAGACUGUCAAUGCAAGAAGUGUAGCCUGAUCGCGGAGAGGCAGAGGGUCAUGGCCGCCCAGGUGGCCCUGAGAAGGCAGCAAGCGCAAGAGGAAGAACUGGGCAUCAGCCACCCCAUCCCUUUGCCGACUGCCACAGAAAUGUACGUGAAGAAAGAGAACAACGUUAAUGGUUCCUGCGUACUGCUGGAGAGCAGCAGCCCCCCACAGGCCACAGCAACCACAGGAACUGCAGGGUCUGCCCCAUCAGCAGAGAGCCAGAUGCUCAUACAGAACAUUCCUUUGAGCAGCAGAGGGCACCUGGAGAGCACACCUGACUUAGUUGUGGACUCCACCUACUACAGCAGUUUUUACCAGCCAUCUCUGUAUCCUUACUACAACAACUUAUACAACUACUCCCAAUACCAAAUGGCCGUGACAAGUGAUACCACCUCUGGAGAUGUGGGGAGUUCCUUGGUAGGAUCCCCUGCUAAAAACAGCCUCCCGAACUUGGCAGCUUCCAGCAAACUGUCUAUAUGUCAAUGCUUCAGUCCGAGGAAACCCAGUUGGCAGGUUAAAAGCCCAGAGAACCGUCAUGGCAUGAGUUCCCAAUAUAGGAUGCAUUCAUACUAUCCCCCCACGUCCUACUUGGGACAGAGUGUUGGGACCCCUGCCUGCAUUCCCCAGAUUUUCACUUUUGAGGAGAAUCCUUCUUUCUCCGAAACAAAAGCCAAUGUAUUUUCACCACCUAGUAGCCAGGAUUCCGGCUUGGUUUCCCUUUCCAGCAGCUCUCCCAUCAGCAGUGAGGGUACCAAAGCUGUACUGGAGUGUGAGUCAACCUCUGAAUCUGGCACCUUUGCUGUUAAUGCUGUCCUGGAAGAUGGCGAAUGA